AAGAGAUCAGGCGGUGAUGUCUUGGCCAAGGCGGCGCCAUGAAAUUCAUCAAAUUCAUCUUAUCUGAUUAACAGAUGCUCCAACCCUCACGGGCAGGCUUCGGAGGAAAACGUAAGGGAAACAUUCCACGGUGGAUCACGCAGCCAACCAACAUUCUCGAAACCCUGCGAACCAGCAAAUCAAGCCAGGGGAAGGGUGGGCCGAGGUCGGACGAUCCUCGUAUUCAUCGCUGAUGGGCGGACAGACCGUGGCCAGAUGUCGUCUAGCGGGUGCCAAUCUCUAGGCAUCGAGGGGCGAG